CCAGAAGCGCGCACGCGCCCAGGCGCAGCUCCGCAACCUCGAGGCCUACGCCGCGCAGCCGCACUCGUUCGUGUUCGCCCGGGGCCGCGCGGGCCGCAGCGUGCGGCAGCUCAGCCUGGAUGUGCGGCGGGUCAUGGAGCCGCUAACCGCCACCCGCUUGCAGGUUCGAAGGAAAAACUCGCUAAAGGACUGUGUGGCAGUGGCUGGGCCUCUUGGUGUCACACACUUCCUGAUCCUGAGCAAAACGGACACCAGUGUCUACCUUAAGCUGAUGCGCCUCCCAGGAGGCCCCACCCUAACCUUCCAGAUCAACAAGUACACACUGGUGCGUGAUGUGGUCUCGUCACUACGCCGCCACCGCAUGCAUGAGCAGCAGUUUGCCCACCCCCCACUCCUAGUGCUCAACAGCUUUGGACCCCAGGGUAUGCAUGUGAAGCUCAUGGCUACCAUGUUCCAGAAUCUGUUCCCUUCCAUCAACGUCCACAAGGUGAACCUGAACACCAUCAAACGCUGUCUCCUCAUCAACUAUAACCCAGACUCCCAGGAGCUGGACUUCCGCCACUACAGCAUCAAGGUGGUCCCUGUGGGCGCCAGCCGUGGCAUGAAGAAGCUGCUGCAAGAAAAGUUCCCCAACAUGAGUCGUCUGCAGGACAUCAGCGAGCUGCUGGCCACGGGUGCUGGGCUGUCGGAAAGCGAGGCAGAGCCAGAUGGGGAGCACAACAUUGCGGAGCUGCCCCAGGCCGUGGCAGGCCGAGGUAACAUGGCAGCACAGCAGAGUGCCAUCCGGCUGACGGAGAUUGGCCCACGGAUGACGCUACAGCUAAUUAAGAUCCAGGAGGGCGUGGGUAACGGCAACGUGCUGUUCCACAGUUUUGUGCACAAGACAGAGGCGGAGCUCCAGGCCAUCCUGGCAGCCAAGGAGGAGAAGUUGCGGCUCAAGGCCCUGCGACAGGAACAGCAGGCUCUGAACGUGCAGCGCAAGCAGGAGCAGCGCCAUGCCCACAAGAAGAAGAGUCUGGCAGGCAUGAAGCGAGCACACAGAGAGGCUGAUGGUGACAGUGAUGCAGAGGACCCUGGGGCGCCUCCAGAGGCUGAGGGAGCCAGUCGACCAGACUCAGAGGACGAAGCGGAGUACUUCCGCCAGGCAGUGGGGAAGGAGCCCGAUGAGGACCUGUUCCCACAAGCCACCAAGAAGCAGCAGGUGGGGCCUCCAGGCAAGAGGAGGAGGGUAAAAGAGCGAAGACCGGGUCGAGGUGGGGGCCAGGGCAGCAACUGGCGGCCUCCCAAGCCCCAAGGAGCCCAGGCCAAGAAGCCAAAGCCCAGAGUGAGAGCCCAGGGCAGGCCACCCAAGAGAGGGGCCUGAGCCCACCUAGGAGUGGAUGUAAUGUGGAUGCCCCACGUUGGGGCCCGGAGCCACCGGAUUCCUUUUAUAAAGGAGCUCUUCCCCCACUUUACCCUCCAAUAAAACCCAUUGAAGCAGA